CUGUGGGAAGCGGGUGAGGUGAGUAAGGGAUGGGGCUGCACUAAUGGUGUGAGUAAAGGAGCAGCGUUACCUUGUUGUUCCCAACACAUGAGCUGAUUAUUCCCAGGGACACUUUGUACUGACUCAGUGCAGUUUAUGUGGCAGCAGCAGCAGCAGCUCCAACCCAGCCACCAUAAGUGAAUUCCUGUGCCAUUUGGUAGCAAGGACAGCCCUGCAGCCUGAGGGGAUGAUACAGACUGGAGCUGUAGGCUCAUUAAAGCACUACAUCCCUAGGAAGAAGUCAGAUGAUGGGGGGGCCCUGCAUGCCCCUGGCUCCGUCAUACAGAAGGAAAAUAACAAGAAUGACAAGAAGAUCCUGGAACUCAUGUCCAACAUCAUCCAGCUGCUGACUGGAGAGGUUGCCAUAAGGACUCAUCAUGUUUCCAUCUAUUUUUCUUCGGACGAGUGGGACUAUAUAAAAGGAAACAAGGACCUUUAUGAUGAAGAGAUAAAGCAGGAGCCACAGCAGCUCAGCCCACUGGCAGUCUGUGAAUAUAAAGAUGAGAGCAAUGUUACAGCACAUAUGGAAGCAACAUUUUGCUGUAAUAAAGAUGGAAAUCUCACUAAAAAUUUUUCAUCGGAAAAGCCCCCACCAGCCAAUGGGAUUAAAGAGGAAGAGGGUUCAGGGGAAGAGGGGAACCAAUCAGACUGCAGCAUUAACCCACUUACAGAACAGAUACAGGGAACAGAUACACCUACUCCUAUCAUGGGAUGCAGCCUGAAUAACAGCUCGGCAGAGGAUUAUAUAUCAGUUGUUAUUAAAGAGGAAGGGGCUUCAUGGGAAGAAGAAAAACAACUUGCAGAACAAACACAAGCAACAGACACAUCGACUCUCAUGGGGCAGAGUCUGAAUAGCAGUUUGUUCCCUAAGGACACACCGGAUGGAAUUAAGGAGGAUUUCGUUUUAUCGAAAACAGACCAUACGUACUGCAAAAUAAAUAAAAUUACAGGACAGAUAUCACAAACAGAUAAAAUAUCUCAUAUUAAUGGCUGUAGCCUAAAUAACAACUCACAAGGUGAUAAUGUAUUAUUUGUUAUUAAGGAGGAAAAAGCUUUGUGUGAAGAGGCAAACCAAUCAGAUUGCAGCAUUAAUCCAGUUACAGAACAGAUACAGGAAACAAAUACACCUACUCCUAUCAUGGGAUGCAGCCUAGUCAGAAACGUUAUACAAACAAAUGGCAACAAUAAAAAUGAUAAAACAUCCGCACAUUUUAGUCAUAAUAGAGAGUUUGAGAGACAUGAAAGAACCCACACAGGAAAAAAACGUUCAUUUUUUACUUGUACAGAAUGUGGGAAAUGUUUUGCCUCUUCAUCAUCACUCACAGUCCAUCGACGACAAAUCCACACAGGAGAAAAACCUUUUUCUUGUUCAGAAUGUGGGAAAUGUUUUGCCUCUUCAUCACAACUUACUGUUCAUCGACGACAGAUUCACACAGGAGUGAAACCUUUUUGUUGUUCAGAAUGUGGGAAAUGUUUUGUCACUACAUCACAACUUAAUGUCCAUCGACGACAGAUCCACACAGGAGAGAAACCUUUUUCUUGUUCUGAAUGUGGAAAAUGUUUUUCAUUUCAAUCACGCCUUAGAGAGCAUCAAAAAAUCCACACAGGGCAGAAACUUUUUUCUUGUUCAGAAUGUGGGAAAUGUUUUUUAAGCCAAUCUCGCCUUAGAGCACAUCACAGAAUCCACACAGGAGAAAAACCUUUUUCUUGUUCUGAAUGUGGAAAAAGCUUUGUCACUUCAUCACAACUCACUGUCCAUUGUCGACGAAUCCACACAGGAGAGAAACCUUUUUCUUGUGCAAAAUGUGGGAAAUGUUUCGCUAAUUCAUCAGGACUUCAGUCCCAUCAUCAACGAGUCCACUUAGGAGAGAGCCGUUUUUCUUGUUCAGAAUGUGGGAAAUGUUUUUUCUACCAAUCAAAUCUUACAAUUCAUCAUAGAACCCACACGGGAGAGAAACCUUUUUCUUGUUCUGAAUGUGGGAAAUGUUUUAGUCAUAGCAGUAGUCUAAAAAUACAUUUUAAGAUUCACACAGGAAAAAAAAUGUAAGCUUAUUGUCAUUGUGUGAAAUGUUUUACAAAUCUGGCAUCAGGCAAAUAUUUCGUUCCCAUCGAUUAUAUCAUAAUGUGUGUUUUGAUGCUUCAUCCAAUCUGUUCAUGUGCAAUAAAUCAACACCGGGGAGAACCAAUUUUAAUGUUCUAAAUGUGGGAAAUGUUUUGCAUGUAACAGUAAUCUUAAAAUAUAUAGGAGGAAAACCAUAAGCUUUUUCUAAAUUUGUAAAAUGGUUUACAAAUCCGACUGCUGCCUCCUUUCCCAGGACAAGAACGAAUCAGCAACUAGCAGGACCUGAUAGGGAACUGAAGCCUGUCUUUGUUUGUGAGACUGCAGGGCUCUGAUUGGCUGCCCCCCCCCUCCUACCGGCUUAUUCCAAACAGGGACCAUAAUGGAUCUAUUGGGAGCUCCAACAAAGGGGUCAUUCAUAAAGAUAAUAUUAAUGUUUUGUUAAUAACACCAGCACCAUAUAUUAUUCAAUAUUGCCUACAAGAUCUGGUUUGCAGUUAUGAUAUAUUUCCUGUUCUAUCAAAUGGCAGUGGGGUUAAUUCCUUGUCAUGUGAUUUGAAAGGAUAAGACAAGUAGUCAAUAAAUUUGGCUCCCCAUCACAUCGUCUCCUGUUAUGUGAUCUUACCCCCAAUGUCCGACAUGGUCCCAGGCCUCUCAGUAGUGGAUUUAAUUGCUUGUAUGUGAAAAAUGUUCAUGACCAGUUACCUUUAAAGACAAGGAGAAUAAACAGGUUUAAUGAGGAGAGAAGGAAUAAUAGUUUGAAAAGUGGGUCCUUGGCAUCCCAGUAAGACACUGUUUACCCGUACCUUCAAUUUAGCCAUAAGAGUAUUUGCCUAAAGCUGCUGCACUACUGGUCUGAUCUCCCAUGUUCCUCUUAGAGAAAAACUCCAAAUUACAGAAAGGCACCGCCCACUGAGUCAAUUUUAAUUGUCAUUUUAAUGAUUCCUUUUUUCCAUUAAAUAAUAAAGCAGUAGUUUGUACUUGAUAGUAACACUGAACAAUAUACAAUUAAACAAUCAAGCAAUUGUUUCCA